CCCUUACGUCACCGCCGCUGCCCGCUUCCAAGAUGGCGGCGGCGGCGGCAGGCAGCCUGCGGCGUGCGGGCUGGCGGCUGUGGCGGGGCCGCGCGGGACUCAGGUGUCAGCUGUACGCACCCCAGCAGGGCUUCCGUGCCUCGGCCGCGCUGAGAAGAGCCUCAGAGGAGCAGAGGAAGGAGCCGCCAUCACCCUCCUCACAGCAGCAGUUCGACCCACAACAAGCAGACCCGCGCCCGGAGCAGGAGGCGUGGAGCCCAGGCCCCAGUUACACUGGCCAGGACGGCCAGGAGUCACAGGACUAUGAGAGCGAGGAGCAGCUGCAGCAUCGAAUCCUCACAGCAGCGCUGGAGUUUGUGCCUGAACAUGGCUGGACGGCAGAAGCCAUUGCAGAGGGAGCCAAGACUCUUGGUCUCUCUGCUGCUGCUGCAGGGAUGUUUCACAGCGAUGGCAGCGAGCUGAUCCUGCACUUUGUGUCUCAGUGCAACUCCAAGCUGUCUGACCUGCUGGAGGAGGAACAAAAACUAGUGCAGCUGGGCGAGGCAGAGAAGAAGCCUACGAAUCAAUUCCUGAGAGAUGCUGUGGAAGCCAGGCUGAGGAUGGUGAUUCCAUAUAUUGAGAAAUGGCCACAGGCUGUCAGCAUCCUAUUGCUCCCACAUAACAUCCCUUCGAGCCUCAACCUCCUCACCAGCAUGAUUGAUGAUAUAUGGCACUAUGCCGGCGACCAGUCCACAGACUUUAACUGGUACACUCGUCGGGCUGUGCUCACUGGCAUCUACAACACCACAGAACUGGUGAUGAUGCAGGAUACAUCCCCUGACUUCGAGGACACGUGGCGUUUCCUGGAAAACAGAGUAGCUGAUGCCAUGAACAUGAGCAGUGCAGCUCAGCAGGUACAGUCAACUGGCAAAGCACUUGCCCAGGGCCUGAUGGGAGCUGCAGUUACUGUAAGUAAUGCCGAAGCCAGCAAGGCUGCGAGGGCAGAAUUGUUAUGCUCCCUUCCACGCUUAACACUGGUGUGUCUUCCCUCCUGAAUCUAAGUUACAGCAUGAAAGGAAAUUGUUCUUCGUAGCUUAAAUACAUGUAAAGAUUGUCUUGGUAGUUUGGGCCCAGAUUGCUUUUCUGUGCUGAAGAAAGUUGUAAUACAGCAUAAAACGAAGUCCAAAGCUGCAGGAUGAGCUCGUGAUUAACAACACACGAAAGCCAAACUGCCCGACACAUAAAUGAGACCUCAUUUUCACUGUCUGAAGCAGCUCUCAAGCAUCCCUCCCUCCACCUGCAGUUAUGGUGGGAGCAUUUCCAGCACAGACAGAGGGUUUGGGCGGUGCCAUGGAGCCAGUAUGACUCCAGGAGCAGUAUGAGUCCCUUCCAACUCGGGAUCCUCCACUUCCAUGGGGUCCAGGCCUUUGUGUAUCCCCCACACGCCACUAUGCUCCCCCCACUGCCUGGGUCACCCC